CUUAAUCAUUAGAUUCCCGUAUUAGCGGGCACACUCACAUAGCCUCCCCAGUUCUUUCUCAGUUAAGCGCACAUAAUUUUAAUCACCGACAUGCUUAUAUUACCUAUUAUAGCAUUGGGUUUGUUAAUCAAGUAAACCAUCUCUGGUCCAGGAUGUCUUUCUACGUGCAAAACUUGGCGAUUCUUUUUAUUACUGUAACAAUGCUGGUGAAUACAUAUGGACUUAAAAGCAAAAGGUGCGAGUUCAAAGAAAACAAACAACUAUGUAAGUGCAAUCAUCGUGGCAUCGAACAUUGGAAAAAAGCAUCGACUGUCAUGCAAGACUCUUGUUCCACAUCAGUCAUUUUAGAUCUCUCAAAAAAUGUAAUUUCUACGCUUGAAAUUAAGCCAGGCCCGGAGAACAGUACAUACCAAUGUUGUGUUCCCAAGAAACUGUCAGAACAUGUUGAAAGUAAGUUGGCUGUGGUCAGUAGCAAUACUUCCGCUCAUGAACCUGAGAUGUUCUUAGUGUUCCCAUCUCUUCAACGUCUUAACUUGAAAGGAAACAGAAUUCGAAAUAUCAGCGCUUGCAAUUUUUAUGGUCUUGGAAACUUAACUUUUCUUGAUUUGUCAGAAAAUAGGAUAACGUCGAUAUGUGAUUUCAGUUUUAGAAGUUUGACUUCAUUAAAAGAACUUCACCUACAAAUAAAUGAUAUCAAAAACAUAAAUCGCAAUCACUUCAAAGGUCUGGCCAAUUUGCAAGUUUUAAAUAUUUCCGGUAAUGAUAUAAGUAAGAUGGAUAAAGAAUCUUUUGUUGAUAUGCUAAAUCUGAGAAAGCUUAUUCUACGUAGAAAUGCCAUCGAAAUGGAAACGUUACAAUUGGUAAAUUUUGGCAGGUUAAAAAAAUUAAAGGUACUUGAUUUGAUGAACAACAGGCUUAAAAAGGUGGCUGGUUUUGAAGAAAUGUCUAGUCUUCAGGAGUUGUACAUGGGCGACAAUUAUGUUCGCAAACUUGGAGGCUCGUCUUUUCGUGGUUUAAAUCGUCUGACAAUAUUAUGUUUGAGAAACAACAGACUCAUGUCAAUUGACCACAUUGCCGGUAAAGGAAAGCAGUUGAGAAAUCUGGAAAUUCUCACUUUAUCACAUAAUAGAAUUAGAAAUAUAUCUAAAACUGCCUUCAGCAGUAUGCCAAACCUUCGAGAACUUUGGCUUGACUCAAAUCUACUGACAGAAAUUCCUUCCAGUCUGGUACAUCUAACGAACUUGGUGAAACUUGUGCUCAGCGAUAAUAAUAUUUUGAGCAUAGAUUUAAGCGCCAUAACCUAUCUUAAUAAAUUGUCAGUUGUUGUACUAUCAAGAAAUAUGAUACAUGAUGUUCUGUUUGAUGAUAUUUCGGUGAGUCUCCAACCAGAUAGUCAAAUUCAAAAAAGUUACAAUAAUACUGUAAGAUUUUCAUCAGUGCAAAUGCUUUGCUUAGAAGAUAAUAGACUUUCGACAGUUUCUGGAAGCAUGCUGCAGGCGUUUCCAAAUCUUGAAAGUCUUCACUUGUCGGGAAACCCUUUGACAUGCGGCUGUUCUUCUGCACCACUAAGUCGGUUCUUGAAGACCCACCCACCACAGUGUGGGUGCGAUGAUGUCAUUAUUGACAUGGUUGAUGAUUUGACUCAAUUGACAUGUAAGCCUAAUUCUAAGGUAGAAGAAUCUCCAACUUGUUAUAAUUACAGUAACAGCAUUAAAGAUUUAACGUGUGAACACUUUAUAGAAUCGUGUUCCAGCUCUGAAGUAACCACCAACAAAAAAUCUAUUGCUGUUGGUAGCUCAAUUAUGUUGGACUGCCAACAUCCACUAUUAUCAAAUACAUCCAACUACUUUACAUACUGUUGGUCAUAUGAACCAAGAGCAGGUUAUCUGGCAUACCAAACUACAUAUACACAACAAUUAGAAGGUGAACAGAUUAUCCAAGAUGAAGGUACUUAUUCAUGUUUGGCGAUUAAUGAUAUGGUGGUCUAUUCAACUAUUUACGAAGUGAACUUUGAUUACGAAAAUAUGACAGAGGACUCAACAACCAGUAUUCCAAUUUUUACUAUCUCUAAACAAAAUCGUACAACAUAUGUUGGUGCAAGAUCCCGGACAGAGGCUGUGACAGCAAUGCCAAUAAUUACGUCAAACACAGAAAGUAUACUUCUUGUUGUGGCGAUGAUCACGAUCCCUAUCCUCAUAAUUUUUAUCGUAAGUUUGUUGUGUAUAUUACUCAGCAUCACUAGGAGUCAAAGAAAGGGCUAUAAUAUUUAUUCAGCUAUUUUCAAACGCUUCAAAGGAAGCGAUGAAAGCAUUUAUGCAGAAAUAGACGAUCUCCCAAUGUCACUGCUUAACAAGGCCUUAAAUGAUCGCACAGCCAGCCAAGACCAGCAAUGCCGCUAUUCUAGAGACACAGACAGUUAUGGCUACACGUCUGAAAAUGAUGACAAAGAUGGUGGUUACUUAUUACCUAUUGGUGAGUCCACUGUGUCAAUUGACACUCUAGGAGACACAUUGAAUGCAUAUUCGUCCCAUUACCCUGCACAUUCUUAUCUAACUAUUCUAGAUGACACAGAGCUUAACCAUGACUAUGAAAGAUGUGGACAAGUUCCGCAGCGACGUGCAUUGACACAAUACUACGAUGAACCUCCUGACAUCCAACCUAAAGUUCUGCGCAUGAAAAGCCUUGAUUUCGACUUAUGCGAUGCGAUGGAAGAGUCAACUACCUUGGAUGUGCGACCUCAUGAGGCUAAAAUCGUGACACAGUUUGGCACUGUCACUAGGAAGCAGAAAAAGCAGACUAUUGUUCUAAAACCAGUCAUGAUUCGCAACGUUGAGGAUGAUUUACCACAGGAUUGUUUAAAGCGAACUUGGACGAUGUAGCGCGAACUUUAAAAAAUGAGUGUGAUUUCGGCUGAUGUGACUCGAACAUGAACAAUGAAACGGGAACUUAACCACAAUUUUGUAUAAUAAUGUGAUAUGAGUAAUUUAGUGUGAAUUAUGUAAAACUUCUGCAGGAAUUAUGCAAUGCAAAUUUGAAAUUCAUAGUGUGAGCUAAUUAAACUAAUAUCAUGUCUGAAGCAGUUCAAAUAUAGCUUAAAUACGUUGAUGAACCAAACAUUCCGAAUUAUGGAGUUUGUUUAGCAAUGCAAGAAGUGCAUUCCAGUACAAGUUCAAUACGAUGAAUGAUCUAUAUACUCAAAGAUAUCAAUAAUUAGGAUAAUGUUAUUAUUAUAAUAAUGUUAAUAAUAAUAAUAAUGAAUCCAAUAUUUAAUGAACAAAAAAAUAAGGCAUUUUAGACCGAUUUUGAUUAACUAUAAUAACUUCAAAUCCCACAGACAUGGGGUUAAAAUCAGUGUUUUUGUCUCACGACUACACACAUUCUCUAAGCCUCAUAUUGAGACAUUUGUUUUUAUUAGCAUCACUUCCAUCUUGUAGGUGGGGAUUUUCCGUGGGAUUAGUGUAAAUUUGCCAGAAAGAAAAUCUCGGUUUGAAUGUACGUGACAUUACUGUAAAUAAAUCCAUAAAAUCAAUUUGUAAUAACCGAGAUAUGAUCAUAUCUGUGGAGGCGUCUUCUAGUUCCGCGGUGUAAUGCGAUUCUUAACAUUUGAAAUAAAAGUAGGUCAUACUGAGCUCUAUGUAAGUCUAAUAUAUUAUUAUUAAUAAUAAUAUUCUCAACUCCAUGGGUUGAGUGGAUUUAUUACGUAUGGUAAUUUUCUAUUUUUAGGAAGUUCAGUACAUAAACAUAUGGAUUUAUUUUCUUGAUUUAACCGUAGUAUAUAGUUUGUAAUGCGAAGUAUUGAAAUUGUAUUCGACUACACAUUAUAUUUAGGGCUGCUUUGUAGUUCAGCGCUGGCGCUGUUUAUUAAACAUUUUCCAAGAUUAAAUAUAAUAGUGUUAGGUUCCAAGCUAACAAUUUCACGUUAGAUAAGGUUAUAAUAACGUAACAAUUUGAUGUUAAAAAUAGGGGUCCCCACCACUUAAAACCAACUCUUAGAUCAAUCAAUCAAUCAAUCAAUAAAUCAAUCAAUCAAUCAAUCAAUCAAUCAGUCAGUCAGUCAGUCAGUCAGUCAGAUCAGUAAUCAAUCAAUCAAUCAAACAGAUAAUCAAUCGAUCGAUCGAUCGAUCGAUCAAUCCAUCAAAUCGUUCCGUUUAUAUGGCGCCAUUCCAAAAGUCGUUGUUCAAUGUAUGUUGUUAUCUACAGUAGAUUUAGUUAAUUCAAUAAUUGCUCUAGACUUUUCAAAGAUACAAUUUGACUAGAGUAAUCAGUAUUACUUAUUUCGAGGCUGGGCCUUGAAGAGGUACAAUAAGGUACAAGGUAAAUUUUUAAAUCAAAAGGAAGUUAAUUCUCAUGUUAACAGAUGUGUAGACAGAAAGAGCCAGGGGCGGAUCCAGAGAAUAUCUG